UUGGGCUAGAGAAUGAGCUGAGUAUAUAAGGACUGAGCAUGUGUUCCCUGGCAGGCCUUCAUCCUGGACAAGUCACUCUUCUUGGCAUUUCUGGCAACUAAUCCUGCCCUAACAUUCCUGGCUUGGUGUCCUGUUAGCCUGAGCUGGUUCCAUAUGCUGAAGCAUCUUUGAAGAAACUGGUGUUAUGUGUAUGUAUGGUCUUGAUGCUUCCGUUCUGGCUCAACCUCAGAUGGUCCAGUGCUGAGAAAUAAGCCAGGUCCUUUGGCUAGGCUUUCAAACUCCUUUAACAGACUUCUCAUGGGAGCACUGAUGUUGGAUGUUUUGAUGGAAAAAAGAGCAAAGGUAACAGGAAAUUUUCAUGGAUGAUCAUUUUUGCUUUGUCCAGAGGGAAGGUCACUGAUCUGAAAUUCCUGCCACCCUCCAUGGCCUCAUCCAACUCCUCCCAGGACUCCUGCACUGUGUCUUAUGAAGAGAGCAAGAUAUUCCUCACUGUGAUGUACAGUAGUGUAUGUGUGUUGGGCCUCCCCACGAAUUGUUUCACUGCCUGGUUCUCCUUCCUGCAGGUGCUACAGGGAAAUGUGUUGGCCGUAUAUAUCUUCUGCUUGGCCAUCUGUGAAUUGCUCUACGUGGCAACUUUACCCUUCUGGAUUGUUUACAUCAGGGAUAAUCAUGAAUGGACAAUGGGUUUUCAGACCUGUAGGAUAAUUGCAUUUGUAUUUUUCUGUAACAUCUAUGUCAGCAUUUUAUUUUUGUGUUGCAUUUCUUGUGAUCGUUUCAUUGCUGUGACAUAUGCCUUGGAAUCCAGAGGGUACAGACACGUAAAAAUAGCUGUGUUCAUUUCAAUAGCAAUCUUUUUUAUUGUGGGAGUAGUUCACUAUCCAGUUUUUGAAAUGAAAGAAAAUAAAACUUGUUUUGAGACCUUACCAAUGGAUAGGAAGAUAGCUAGUUAUUCUUACUCUCGCUUUGUAGUAGGGUUUGCCAUUCCUCUCUCCAUCAUCAUUUUCACUAACUACAAGAUCUUCAGGAGUAUCAAAACCAGCACAAGCUUGAGUGCACGCCAGAAGGCCAAGGUGAAAUACUUAGCUAUUUCUAUAGUUACCACUUUCCUGGUCUGUUUUGCUCCCUAUCACUUUGUACUUCUUGUUAAAGCUGCAGCCUUUUCCUAUUAUAAAGCAGAAAAGAAAAAAGUGUGUGCUUUGGAAACCGAGAUGAAUACCUCUUCGAUGGUAUUCCUAUGUCUGUGCACUUUCCACAGCAUAGCAGACCCCAUCAUUUAUGUGCUAGCCAAUGAGAGCUGCAGAAAUGAAUUGUCUCGUUUUCACAAAGGAUGGAAACAAUGGUCCACAAAGACUGACAGUAACAACCUAUAGUAUUCAAAGGAUAUGGAGGAGUUAACACCAGAACCUAUAAACUUAGCAGCUUUCUGAUACCCCAAAUUCUGUAGUAGAGCAAUCAGACUUCUGGGAGAAUUUAUGAUGUGAGGAAGCAGAGAGAGUCUAACUGACAGAUUAAGACAUUCUCUUCACAGGAUCUAAAGAACCUUGUUCUGUGGAACAUUGUGUUUUUUGCCGGGAUUGUUCUCUACACCACAAAAUAUUCAGGUUAAUUGCAAUUGACUUAUGUGAGAUACCAAGGAAAAGAUUACCACCAGCAAGGAGUAAGCUUCUUAUAGUAGGAGACCUUUGAUUUGGGUUUUAAAGGCCUUGAAGAGAGAAUACUUCACCCACAUGGAACAAUGUGAGCAAAAGUGCCAACCUGGGAACCCAUGUGUGGGCAGAGGCAGAAAAUCAGGCUUUGCCUCCAUCUCAGCACAAGAUUCCUUUCCUGUGAAGAGGCAAUUGAAGAGAGAAAGGGAGUACCUUUGGGGCAGCAACAAUAGUAAAGUUUCAGGGAUAACUGUGAGGUCAGAAUAACCAGAAUGGUGAAAAGAGAUGGAACAAGGAGGAUCUGACACCUUUAAGAUACUGUAAAUUGUGACAUGUCAAACCUUCACUGACCUCUACAAGCAUUUGCAGAGUGGGUGGUCAGUUAACAUUCACUGAUAAUGACUUUAUUGUUGUAAGUACUUUCAAUUCAAUAAAUGUUAUUAAACCUU